GGAGAUUUUUUUGGACGGUAGGGUAAGCUUUUGCUAAGCAAUCCUUGGACGAGGGUCCUGCAACUUUUACCUGGUUCUAUCUGGAGUCUGGACCAUCACGGUUAAGCGCAGGGUAUCAACACGAACUCUUGGCGAGCAACUAAGGUUAAUUUAACCGUGUGGCACAGCUUCCUUAUUCCAGGCCUACUCGACACUAUCGUCAACUUCGCACUUCCUCAAGUGUAGUUGAAAGAUUUCUCGCUGUCUUCAUACUUGCCUCACUUCAGCGAAUUCGAGAUCUAAGACCAGGCUUAUCCAGAAAAAUGGCAUCUAGUACAGCAAGUUCAGGAAGCACUUCAGAAGACGCAGCAACAUCCACAUCAGCUCCUGCAACGAUAUCACCAAUAUCGUUGCUAGCGCUCACCACCCCUUUUGUUCCCCCCGCGCCGAGCUGCGCCAGCAUAUUCACGACUACCAGCACAAUCACAAGUUACUACUGGAAUAAUUUCUCCACCACUGCCCUCAACAUAGUCUAUUCCGACCCUGAAGAUUCACGUUUCACAGCCUGCCAGCCUCCUGGAUGGGAUGGAGUAAUUUCUUCGAGCCGUUUCCACUUCAGUCCUGCCGUUUGCCCUGAACAGUGGACUGCCUACGAGGUCAGGGAGGCUUAUGUGGACACAAACACGCUCUCACCGUCUAGAAAAGCUACAACUGCCUACUGCUGUGCCAGUGGCUACAGUUUAGGGGAUGCAGGUGUGGAAUUGACAAGCCUCGAUACACUGGCAUGCAUCAGCGCAAUCGGGGUUUCAGCAACACCGACACCAACAACAACUAUGACCGCGGCACCCUCUUUCCCAAAUGGUGUGCAAAUCCAUAACGCUUACCAAAUUUCGUGGGAUGCCACGGAUAGGACCAGGCUUUCUCCUACGCCUCCGAUCCUUGCCAAAGAUGGGUGCAGCCAAACUUUGAGUGUAUGGGUUCCGGGUGAAUCGGUCAGCUCGCUGCCUUGCAGUAUCGAAAAUGGACCAGGCGGCGGGAGCGGCGGGAGUGGCGGCAGCAACACAGCCCUAAUAUAUGGCCUGGCUAUCACAUUUCCAGUCGUAUUUGUGGCUUUGCUGAGUACAUGCGUUUGCAUCCAUUAUCGGAAUAAGAGAAAGGGCCCAUGGAGACCGAAAGUGCAGGCCGGAGGGAAAACUUCCUGGUUGGGGUUUUACGGCGCUGUCCAUUUUCAGAUCUUCACAGUCGUUGCGAUCCCGGGAUUCGGCUCCUCUUCUAUUGGCCCUUCGUCGUAAACAUUGAUAUCGACGCUUGUGAUACGAAGCUGUACAAGAAAUAUUUCUUCCAAGCCGUCGACCACCUCGCAAUUGCUCAAGCUGGUAACGACAACAAAGGGAAUCGAAAUCGCUCACCUCGUGAA